UCGGGUUGCUGCGCAGACUCGCGGGCUCGCUCUUCCCGUCCUUCCUUCCUCUCUUUCCCCUCAGCUAGCCCCCUCCCCGGCUCUGGCCCAGACCCCGUCUGCGUUUCCCGUGGUGCUGCCUCCACCCCUGUCCCUGCCUCACCGGAGGAGAUGGAGAGGACGGCGAGGUCCGCGCGAUCCGGAGGUCGGCGGUCCAUACCAGAAACUGUAAUUGAAGGAAAAACGAAAAAGGCUUCAUCUUCAAAUUCCCGUGAGUUUCGAAUACCAAAGAAAUCAAAGUCAAAGCCAGAAGAUAUUCAAGUUCAGGCGCCUCAGUCAAGAUUCAGAAGCUCAGACAGAUGGGACCACCCUUUGCAGGGGUGGAUAAAGGGGGUAGGAAAUAAAGGCAGCAGCUCUUUUUUGCAUAAGAAUAAAAAGGAUUUCCAUGGGUGUACUGUCACUUCUAGGCCAUCUCCAAACAGGCAACUCAAAGUUAUGUUGACGAAUGUCCUAUUGACGGAUUCAGGACGAAAAUACAUUAAGAAUCUACCUAGAACUGAUGCUAAUUUAUGUGAUACCAAGAAGUUGCAAUCAGACUCACUGCCUUCAACAUCUGUUGACGGUCUAGAGAUACAUAAAAAAUUAAAUCCUCUUCACCAAAGCCUUUAUUUAUCUGAAAGGCAACCCAAAGUUAUAUUGAUGAAUGUCCUGGGAACGGAGUUAGGAAGAAAGUACAUAAAGACCCUCCCUCUAACUGAGUCUAAUUUGUGUGAAACUGACAACAUGCAAUCAAAUCAACUUCCUUCAUCACCUGUUGACAGCCUAGAAUCUUGUCAAAAGCUAGAGCCUCAGGAGAGCCCUUUUUUAUCUGAAAGGUGUCCACAAGUAGAGAAGAAUCCAGGUGAUAGUUUCGCAAAGCAAGGUGAACUGACUAAAGAAAAAGAAAGAAGUGAUGACAAUUCUCCUAUAAGAUGGUCUGAUACUGAACCUAAAGGCUUUAAUACUGGAAGCAGUGAUUGUGAACAUCAAGAAGAAGGAAGCAGAAACCAGGAUGACACAUAUUCUGAUUCAAAAGUGUCCAACUGUCCAACUGCCAAGAAGACAAAGAAAAGAUUAAGAAGUCAUUUCCUUGAAUAUAGUAAUGCUCCUUCUCUGGAGGAAUCAACAUUGCAGUCAAAAGAACAAGAACAUGAUUCAUUGCCUUCUGAAUGUGGAGAUCCAAGUGAAAAUGAUUAUUUUCAUGAUCUUAAGGCCUUACAAAGAAAUACUCUGGAGUCUGUGGAAAUUGGUUUUAUGAAGCCUCCCUCUUUUGAGAGCCAGGAGGUUGUUGUAAGUUGCUCCCAGAACAGCUUUUCUGACUCUUCAGCUGCCAGCCCAUUUCAGAACCUGAAUACCGUUUGCAGUGAUGCUCUGGAAAUUUCUCCUAUUGUCGAUAAUGUCAGUAUGUUGGUGACAGAGGCAGAAGUUCCUGUUCUAAGAAAAUUGCGAAGCAAAAACUAUGAUGACAAACAAUUAUUUGUCUCUGUUGAACCAAUUGUUGUUUCAAGUGAUGAAGAAGGGCCUAUUGAACAAAACAAUUCAGACACACUUAAUUUACAACCUGAACAAGGCUAUGAGCUCAUCAUUAAAGAUGGAGAAAGAGUAUCUGAGUUGGAGUUGUCAGAGGAUAUACUUUUAACAGCAUCGAAAUCUGCACAGGUUUCACCAAAUGUAUUCCCAGAAAGUCUUGUCAUGGAUAAUUUUUCUUGUAUUAUACCCAGUAAUGAGAUGGAUCUACACUUGGAUAUUACAUUUACCUCUGUUUACAUUGGCAGCAUAAAAGGCAUUUCUAGUGGUUUUGUUACUUUCACGACAAAGUACAUAAAAAUUCCAUUUCAAGUGUCUCUCAAUAAGAUUUCAUUGUUAGUGGAUACCAUUCAUUUAAAAAAGUUUGGCCUUUGGACACAUAAAGAUGAUGAUCAUUGCAAAAGGAGAAAUUCCAUCAUUUUCCUCUGGACCUCUUCAGAUUACCUAGAAAUGAUUGAAAACCAACUUGGGAAAUCUGUUUUAAGGCAACUAUCUAAAUCUGAUGAAUUCAUAUUCCUUGAGUUGAGCAAACCAGCUUCAGAAGAGGAGGAGGAUAAACUGAAUGAAGUGAUGGCAGAAGUGAGCAGGAAAACGAGAUCAUUAGACCUUUGCCAUCCACUACCUUGGAACCAGGCUCUCCCUUUGCUUCAGGGCUUAUCUUCAAAAGAAAGUUCUUUUAUUGAUUACUAUUGUUCUUCAUCAAAAUACUGCCAUCUCCCUGUGGCUGCUGUUGAAAUGAAGGCAGAAUCUCCAUCACAGGCCUCAAAUUCCAAUGUAACCAAACCUAGCUAUACACUUUUGCAGAAGAGAGGUAGUGGUUGCUAUUCACUUUCUAUUACAUCGAAUCCUGAUGAUAAUGAGUGGAAAGAAGUAAAAAACACUGGACCAAUUAAAAAGUUGAUUGUAUAUCCUCCACCACCUACAAAAGGAGGAUUAGGAGUUACUAAUGAAGACCUAGAGUGCUUAGAAGAUGGAGAAUUUCUUAACGAUGUUAUCAUUGAUUUCUAUCUUAAAUAUCUUAUAUUGGAGAAAGCAUCAGAUGAUCUUGUUGAACGAAGCCACAUUUUUAGCAGCUUCUUUUACAAAUGCUUGACUAGAAAAGAAAAUAACUCAAUGGAAGAAAAUCCAAACCUUUCAUUGGCGCAAAGAAGACAUAAAAGAGUACGAACAUGGACUCGACAUAUAAACAUCUUUAAUAAAGAUUACAUCUUUGUACCUGUAAAUGAGGCGUCUCAUUGGUAUCUUGCAGUCAUUUGUUUUCCAUGGUUAGAAGGGCCUGUGUAUGAAGAUUUUCCACAUCAGUUACCUCAACCAUCCAAAUCUCAACAAUGCCAAGAUGACUUUCAAACUCUGGAUAAUGAUCUACAUAUUACUUCCUCACUCUCCUUAGAAUCAGAGGAUCCCCAGGCUACCCUGAAGAAUACAUCAGAAUCAAAGAAAAUGUGUAAACGACCGUGCAUUCUCAUAUUAGACUCCUUGAAAGCUGGUUCUGUACAAAAUACAGUUCAGAUUUUGAGAGAGUACUUGGAAGUAGAAUGGGAAGUUAGACGAAAAACGCAUCGUGAAUUCAGCAAAGCAAAUAUGGUAGACUUGUGCCCUAAAGUUCCUAAGCAAGACAACAGCAGUGAUUGUGGAGUAUAUUUACUACAAUAUGUGGAAAGCUUCUUCAAGGAUCCCAUUGUUAAUUUUGAAUUACCACUGCACUUGGAGAAAUGGUUUCCUCGUCAGGUGAUAAGGGCCAAGAGGGAUGAUAUCCGGGAGCUGAUCUUGAAACUUCAUUUACAGCAACAGAAAGGCAGCAGUAGUUAAUUCAUC